UAUCCGCCCGCAGCGUGUCGUGCUUCCUGCCUUGCUGAGGGAGGGGACGGUGCUGACGGCUGGGAGGACGAAAGGAGAGACAAGAAAGCUUUUAGAAAGAAAUAAGAGAGUGGGGAACGGCCCGGGUUUCCACCGUCCGUCGGGAAAAGAAACACCCCCCAAAUUUCUGUAGCUGCUGCAACUGUCACCCAAUCGGCGCUGAAAAUGUCGACCAGUCGUCAGCUGAGCGAAAGCAGGGCCAUCCCGACCAGGACGGUGUUGAUCAACGACACAACGCAGCUACCUCAUGACUAUUGUACCACCCCUGGAGGCACUUUAUUCUCUACCACUCCCGGAGGAACCCGGAUCAUCUAUGACCGCAAGUUCUUACUGGACAGGCGUAAUUCUCCCAUCGCCCAGACCCCACCAGCUCACCUGCCUGUCAUCCCUGGAGUGACCAGCCAACAUGUCCUGAAUGAGAACCAGAAGAAUGAAGCCAACAACCACAUUAACAACCAUGAUGGCAAACCCACUACCGGUGAUGACGCUCAGUUUGAAAUGGACAUCUAACUGACUGGAACCACACCAGCAAAAGCAAAUGACCUGGCAUUACACGUGCCAGUGGCUUGGCUUGUAGAAACCAAUGUUGUGAGCCCUCAUGGCAGCCAUCUUCUUUAGCUCUCUGUCUCGCUGCUGGAUGUAAUGUGUGUAAACCAUGGGAAUAACAGUAUAUCAUACAUACAGGUACAGUGCGGCCAACUGUGGAAACUAGCUUGAAGGUUUAUUUGAAUAGAUUUCCAUGGUUACCAGUCGCUGUAGAAAUCAUCAAACCACACAACAAGGGAGCGGGCGUGAAUAUUAUGCACCCAGACAGUCUGUCCAGUUCGUAGAUUGCAGUGCUCAUCUUACAGCUUUCUGCGAGUCAGGAUCCUCAACAGGGCACUGCACAAAACUGACAAUUUUCCAACUUAACUGGGGAAGGGAGUGGUAAUUUUUAGUACUGGCCUUAGAAUCAGUCAAAAGCUUUGAUAUUCAUCACAGUCUUUGGUUUUGAAGACCUUUGUAAGCAUGUUAUUUAAGUGAUUUUUCUUUUAUUUUCUUUUUUUUUUUUUGGUUUUUGGAACUACUUGAAAAGCUCCACAAUCUAUUAUUGGUUGUUUGGUCUGUUUAGUAUCCAGUGACAGUAUGUAAAGGGAUGCUGUGUUUUUUUAUUUUCCGAUUAGUUGACAAUUUCAUGCCAUUCCAAUAAUUUAUUUUCAAUCACUAACACAAGCCUGUGUGUCGGUUUCCAAUUUUCAGGGGAAAGUAUUUUUUAAAUGACGUUUAGGCCAUGAUUGAACUGUUCAUCAAAUGAUUUUGAUUCCCGCUAUUCUGUAAGACUAAUUAUAAAUCCGGCAACUGAAAAUGAACUUUUCAUUUAGAAUAACAUUUCAGUAUAGUAUAACAUUAUCAAGCCGGCUGAUUUAUCACUAUUUUGACCUUGCUGUGAAUAUUAUUUACACAUUUCUCUCCUGCCAAGAAAAGUUACUCUUUUUCUCUAGAUUUGAUGGUUACUUAAUAGAUUUGCUGUGUUGGCAAGAGCUUUGUGUUCAUAAAUUAAGCAAGGAGGUAAUACUUUACAACAUCUGUCAGGUGUUUUUGAAUAUCCAGACCAUAUAAACAUUUAGAACAAUGUGGAAAUGGUUAUAUCCCAAUGUUAGUUUUUGGGGUGAAAUACGAGAAGAUUUUUUUUUUUGGAAAGACUUGAAAUAAUCCAGAUGUUUUAUAUGCAUUUUUAUUUUUUAAUACAGUUUCAUAGUAUUGAGGGUAUCUGUUUGGGAAUAAGCACUGUCAAGCCUUAGGAUUUGUUAGAAGUGUCUAAGAGUCAGAAAAUAAUGUUUGCAUCAGGCUUGACAGGUGCUGUCCCUUUUAUCUACAAAUCUGUCCCCAGUGUCCUUAAUCCAUCUUACAUUACCUUAUUCUUCUCAUGUCUCAUGUGUGUCUGCCCAUGCCUUACUUUACAUGAAAUGCAGUAACUAAAACUAGGUUCCUUGUCAUCAAUUUGUACUUUCCAACAGAUGUUUAUUUUUUCACUAUAACAUUGAACAGGUAACAUUGUAUUUAGCAACUGAGCAAAACAGAUACUUGUAAUUUUUUUUUUUCCUACAUUAUUUCCUUCCUCAAGCAGGUGUGAAGUUUGGAUGUGUGAUGACGCACAUUUGGUGCACUUUUGGGAUGCUGAAGUUCAGAUGGCGAUGUGGUUAAAAGAGUGCCACAUAUAACAUUUAUUCCUAAUAGUUUUAUUUUUACACCACAAUCAUAGUUCUGUCUGCUAAUUGUCCAAGGAGCAGCUCUGAACUUGGCAAAGAAAUCACCAUGAAGUACCAGUUUUUAUCAAAAUUCAUUCAUGAAGUUUGUUUCUCGGUAUGACUGGAACAACUGAAUGGCUGAAAUGAUGUCUAUCAAAGAUUUUAUUCUUUUUUCUUUUUGGCUUUGUAAUCCAUUCUGGCCAUGUGUGGUGAUGAAUACAUCGAGGGGUUGCUUGAACCCAUUUUGCUUUGCACAUUUUGGUCAACAAAACUCUUUAUAUUAUGGCAUCAUGAUUCAGAUUGCAGAUUUAUUUCGAAUCAGUUUGGUUUGACAAUGAGGGCUUAACAUUGUGUGUUGAACGAGAUUUUAAACAAACUUACUGUAACUUUCUGUUCUGAUUUUAAAUAACUUUAUUUUAAAUGAAACUCCAAUGCCAGUGGACACUGUUGCUGCAAGAUCAAUAAAGUUCCGUAACAAAGA